GUUACAAUAUUAUUUACACCACAACCCACAACGUACAACAAAAAAUAAUAUUAUUUAUAGUAUAAAAUUUUUUAUUUUUUCCUGCCAAAUAAUAUUUAAAAAAAAAUAAUAUAAUUUGACUCCUACUGGACUGCUUGUGAUUGGCAAUGGACCCGUGGCUAGGUCAUUUGGCUUUCAUGCAGAGUUCAAUUUUCGGACUAAUUAAAUUCCCUCCACUAUGCUGCUACAAUUUCCAUUUUUAGCGACACUCAAACCAUAUAUUUACUCAUUCUUCCAUUUCCCCCUACUUAUUAUAAGUUUUUGUUAUGAAGGACACAAACGUUAAAAUUGCCAUCGAUUUUGUUGUUGUAUGGUUAUUACGUAUAUACGUUCUGUAGCAGCUACUACUAAAUUUAAUAAUAAAUAAACUUAUGGGUUCGUUUCUGGCAACACCAGCCAAUUCUUUGGCAAGAUUGGAUGGCAAAACGGCAGUUAUAACUGGCGCUAAUACAGGCAUUGGCAAAGUAACUGCUAAAGAUUUUUACGAAAGAGGUGCUCGAGUCAUUUUGGCGUGCAGAAAUCUAGAAAAAGCUCAAGAAGCCAUAGACGAAAUUAAAAAACAAUGCGAAAGCAAAGAAAAUCUAGGUGAGCUUGCAUUGUCCAAAUUGGAUUUGUCAAGUCUAAAAUCGGUCCGAGCUUGCGCAGAAGAGCUACUUAAAAACGAGAAGGAAAUCAAUAUUUUAUUAAACAACGCCGGAGUAAUGAUGAUACAAGAAUUAACAAGAACUGAAGAUGGACACGAGAUGCAGUUUGGUACUAACCAUUUGGGACACUUUUUGUUUACACUACUGUUGAUGCCGAAAUUGAUACAAAGCACUCCAGUGAGAAUCGUCAAUGUUUCCUCGGCGGCACAUUUUCUCACGUUUUCUUUGGAUCUAGACGACUUGAACUUUGAAAACAGAAAAUACGGUGCCCUGAAAGCCUAUGUUCAAAGCAAACUUAGCAAUAUACUUUUUACUACAGAACUAGCUAACAAGUUAAAAGAAAAUAAAAUUGAAGGCAUCAACGUCUACUGCCUACACCCAGGUUCAAUAAAUACCGACCUUACGAGACACGUCGAGGGAAACCCGUUUCUGAAUAUUUCAAAACUAUUCUUUAAAACACCGGAAGAGGGUGCUCAAACAUCGAUAUACUGCUCGACGCAUGAAAAAUGCGCCAACGAAACUGGGUUGUACUACGCCGAGUGCAAACCAUGUUGUUCAUCGAAAACAUCCCAAAACAAAGAACUGGCUAAAAAAUUGUGGUUGAUUAGUUUAAAAAUGGUGGGAUUGAAUGAGGAUUAUGAUCCAUUUAAAUCGUCAACAAAUUUGUAAUUUUUUAGUACGGGAAUAUAUUUUUAUUUACAGGUAGUAUUGGAACACUUUUAAGAAUAUUAAAUAGUUUUUAGGAAAUGGGAUGUACAUAUUUUUUAUAAAUACGGUAAAAAUGAGUAGACAAAUGC